ACUUAACCAACCUUUGAAAAGUCUUAAGUAACAUGUCUUCCCAUCAUUAAUCCUCACAUCACAUGCACUCCCACUUUCCACCUCAUAACUCAUUGCAGACAUUUGUACUCUUUUCUUAAUCAAGAAACCAACCCUCUCACACAAACCCAUGUAAAAUCUCAUCAAAGUUUCCAUUUUUUGCAGAUCAAAUUCAUCUAUCACCUCAAAACAUCAAUCACCCAACAUUCUUGCAACAAUUUCACACAAUCUUGUUAACUCUGAUCACCCAGUUUGUGUAAUGUCGAGACAGAGUAACCGGGUGGUGGACGGGUUGAUUCCGGGUUAUGACAAGAUCCGGAAACGAGGGUGUUCAUCAUCACCAUCUUCAUCAUCAAAAGUGCAUAAUUACCGGUUUAAACGGGCAAUUAUGGUGGGUAAGACCCGGGUCGGAGGUGGGUCCAGAUCUAGUACUCCGGCGCCGUCGUGGAGGAUGACGCCGUCGUCUAAAUCUAAGCUUGGCGGUGGUGGUGGGGUGGAGGUGGAGAAUUUUGAUGGGGGAGGGCGGUCGCGGCCGGUUUCUGCAAGGAAACUUGCGGCGACACUUUGGGAGAUGAAUGAAAUGCCGUCGCCGCAGAAGAAAGCGACGACAAGGGGUAGGGAGAAAACGAACCGGGUUGUUUGUACACCCGGUUCGCUUCCGCCCCAUUUGUCUGAUCCAUCUCAUAGUCCUGUUUCUGAGAGGAUGGAUCGAUCCGGAACAGGGUCUCACCGUCGGAUUUCAUCAGGUCAUAGGCCCAGACUCGAAGACAACAAUGGUGAAGUUUUUGAUUCUCUUAGCAAUACCAGUUUAAUGGAGAUUGAAACGCGAUCUCGAGCUCAGACUCCUAACGGUUCUGUAACCAGUGUGAAACCGCGUUUAAAAGAAGUUAGUAAUGCGUUAACAACUUCUAAAGAGCUACUGAAAAUUAUCCACCGAAUGUGGGCCCACGAUAAUCUUCCGUCGUCUAGCAUGUCACUUAUAUCCGCCCUGCAUACGGAGCUGGAACGGGCCCGCCUUCAGGUCAACCACAUCAUCAAAGACCAAAGUGUUGACCAUUCAGAAGUCAACUACCUACUGAAAUGCUUUGCUGAAGAGAAAGCAUUAUGGAAGAGUAAAGAAAGACAGGCGAUCGAAACCGCCAUCGAGUCAAUUGCCGGUGAAUUGGAGGUCGAGAAAAAGAUUAGACGAAGAGCGGAAAGUUUAAACAAGAAACUCGGGCAAGAAUUAGCGGAAACAAAGGCUUCGUUUGCUAAAGUGUUGAAAGAACUCGAGAGUGAGAAACGGGCCCGUGAGAUAAUGGAGCAAGUUUGUGAUGAACUCGCGGUUGAUUUUGGUGACGAUCAGGCCGAAGCGGAACUGAAACGGGAGUCGGUUAAACUUCAUGAAGAAGUUGAAAAGGAAAGAGAAAUGCUUCAUCUUGCUGAUAAGUUAAGAGAGGAAAGAGUUCAGAUGAAACUAGCGGAAGCUAAGCAUCAAUUCGAAGAGAAAAACGCGCUUGUUGACAAGUUAAGAAGUCAACUCGAAUCGUUUCUUGGAAGCAAGAAGAAAAAAGGACGAAAAGACGAAGAUUUGAUGAUGUAUUUGAACAAAAGUAAUUUUGGUGGGACCCGUUUGAACGAAGAACACGACAUUAACGGGGAAGUUGAAGACGAUGAAGGUUCAGGGGAGAGUGAUCUUCAUUCUAUAGAACUUAACAUGGAUAAUAACAACAAGAGUUUCAAAUGGGCUCAUGGUCAAAACUUCCAUAACGAUUCGGUCAAUGCAAAAACCUCAAGGAGAAGCGUUUCUUCACUUCAAAGAAAGAUUUCAGAUGGUAAUGAAUGGGGAAUUCAAGAUACUUUUGCUGAUAUUGAAAAGCAAACACCAAGAAGAAGCCAUUGCGAUGAUUUGCUGAGAUAUAAGUCGGUCAAAGGUCUUAGGGACCGGAUUUUGACCGGUUUGAGGUCAAGAGAUUUUGACGAAUCAGUUCAUGGCAGCGGGUCAAAAUCGAGAGGCGAAACCAUCAGUGGUAGACGGUCAAAAAAAUGACUUCUAGACUUCAAAUUCAACCCUGUUCUGUAGAUCAACCGUUCAUGAUUUUGAUCAUGAUAACGAUUGUUAUUGCAGAAUCCAACAAGAUCAAGAUGGUAAGAAGUUAACUUUGCUUUAUGAAUUUGUAGCAUACAAGUGUCAAUUCUUGUAGAUUUGUGCCAAUCAAGUGAGAUCUUCCCUGUACAAAAACUUAUGUUCUUAUAUAUUAUGAAGAAAAUUUUGCUUCUA